AUGUACGGAGUAAGGAAGUUUGGCGCAGAGUAUACCUUAGAGCACACAACAUAUAUAACGAAGGGGGACAGGAUAAUUUCCCCCUUCCAUGAUAUUCCUGUGUCAGAGGAUGGGUUUAAGCUGGUGAAUGUUGUCAAUGAGAUUCCCAGGUUCAGCAAUGCAAAGAAGGAGAUAAACAAGGAGCUCGAGUGCAACCCAAUUAAGCAGGAUGUAAAGAAUGGAAAUGUCAGGUUUGUGAAGAACAUGUAUCCAAUGAAGGGGUACAUCUGGAACUACGGUGCAAUCCCACAGACAUGGGAGAGCACAGAGGUGCCAGACAGCAGAACCGGAAUCAAAGGAGACAAUGACCCAAUUGAUGCUAUUGAGAUAGGAGACAGGAUUAUUGGCUCUGGCGAGGUCUACAAAGCAAAAGUACUAGGAGCCAUUGCCAUGAUAGAUGGGGGUGAGUGCGACUGGAAGAUCCUGGUUAUAAACACAGAAGAUGAGAUGUUUGGAAAGAUCAGCUCAUUAGAGGAUGUUGACAAGUAUAAGCCAGGCCUGCUUGACCAGACAAGAGAGUGGUUCAGGAACUACAAAGUAGCAGACAAAGAAGGAAACUCAGGAAGCAAGAACGAGUUUGCAAAUGACGAGAAGUACUACACUGCACAGGAGGCCAUUGAAAUUAUCAAAGAGACCUACGAGCAUUGGAAAACCCUAAUUGCAGAGGAGUCACAUUCUGGCAUUUCACUGGUCAACUUUACACAAACAGACUCACCAGGCUACAAGCAGGAUGAGUUUGCUGCAUCCGGGCCAGAGCACAAAGAUGGCUCUGCUCCAGCUGAAACAGACAAGUUCUACUACCUACAGUAA